AUUGUUUCGCUGAUGUGGGCAGCGCUCUCCCGUCUGUGGCGAAAGGGCGGCGGCGGUUUGAAGAAGCCGAGGAAGAGAGAGGGAGAUGAGGAGGAAUAUGUCGGCGUGAGGACGUUUCUUUGUGUCCACGACAGCUAAAAAAACUCAUCUUGGUAAGUGGCUUUCCUGCUGACAAGAGAGGGGGAAGAAGAGGUCGUGAAUGCGGGCGUCCGUGUUCACGGACAGUGAAGGCAACACCUACCGUGUGUGUCCUCAGCCACCCUACCUAGCCUUCUUUUCACCUUCACCACCACUGUCGAGGUAGCCAUGGCGACCAGCGCCCUGCCAAGUGACAACCUGCCAACGUACAAGCUGGUGGUGGUGGGGGACGGCGGUGUCGGGAAGAGCGCCCUCACCAUCCAGUUCUUCCAGAAGAUCUUUGUGCCGGACUACGAUCCCACGAUAGAGGACUCGUACCUCAAACACACGGAGAUAGACGGACAGUGGGCCAUACUGGAUGUGCUGGACACAGCCGGCCAGGAGGAGUUCAGUGCGAUGAGGGAGCAGUAUAUGAGGACAGGAGAUGGCUUCCUCAUAGUCUUCUCCGUGACGGACAAGGCCAGCUUCGAACAUGUGGACCGAUUCCAUCAACUCAUACUACGGGUCAAAGACAGGGAGGCCUUCCCCAUGGUGUUGGUGGCUAACAAAGUGGACUUGGUCCAUCUGAGAAAGAUCACCACUGACCAGGGCCAAGAGAUGGCUGCAAAACACAACAUAACUUAUAUUGAAACCAGUGCCAAGGAUCCUCCAAUGAAUGUGGACAAAGCCUUUCACGAGCUGGUUCGUGUUAUAAGACAACAGGUGCCAGAGCGAAACCAGAAGAAGAAAAAGAAGAUGAAAUGGAGAGCAGAGCGUUCGGCAGGUUCCCACAGGUUCCACUGCGCCAUCUUGUGACCUCCCUCGUCCUGUUUAUCAUUCGUUAACAUACACACAUACGCACACCCACACACCUUUGGAUGUCAGGGAACUCCCCAGCGGGGGUUAACUACUGGAGCACAAAAAGGUCCCUGAAUGGCUGACAAAGUGAAUCUGAAAUGUUGGACCGACGUCCCCUCACCCUUCACAAUGCCUCUGAGUGAGAGCUGAGCCCUCUCUCCUCAAUUUACGGUCCCUUUUCAAACGUCCCUCCCGUCUCUAUUCAACACAGAACUACAGCGUCACCAUCAACUGUUUCUCACGCAAGUCCAUCAAUUCUCAUUUUAAAUGUGGCACCAGACGAGAGACCCUGGGGGGGAAGGAGAUCAGAAUCACCUUGACAUUGGAACUUUUGUCUUCUUGAGAAAAGGGAGGACCCGCCUCAAAAAUGGCGCCUCGUUUUUCAGCAACCUGCUGGUCGUCUCCUUUCUGUCCUCGCACUCCUCACAAUUUGGGGAAUAGAAGAAACCCGUGUGAUCUUUUAGAAAAUGUUGUGCUGUGUUCUCUCUUUGUAGAGCGGGCAUCAUAAGGGCGUGGCGGAUGACCACGAGAGUGGGCGACAGUGAUUUUGGGUAGUGCAAGUAGAAGGUGCUUUGGUUUGGUGGGCGUAGCGUGAACUUCGUGGUCAUGUGACGCUCGGGGUUUUGAAAUGUCGGAAGGGAAGGGAGGACGUGUCGUGGCAAGCGAGAGAGACGUGGCGCUGAGAAAAGGUGUCGUAACGGUUGACAGGUGAGCGCUGUGGUCAUAUCAGCUUGUUGAAUAAGUGUUUUAAAUAUAGUAGUUGUAAAGGAGAGUGAGAUGUGGUUACACGGUUUUUGCCAACACCGAUGUGUCGGCGGCCAUGUUUACAGACACUCAUAAUAACGACGCAGAGCAAGUGUUUGGAAAUAAUUAUGGUUUAUUUCGGUUGCCUCCUCAGUCAUGGUCAAUGGCAUGAUGAGAGCAGUCUUCACCAGUACUGUAUGGACAAUAGCCCUGAUAUAUUCUGUCUUUGUAGUCUUAACAGAUUGUCUUCAAAACAAGUUACUUUCCAUGUUUUUGUUUUUUUAAUCUAAAGAAAAGAAAUAUCAAAACAAUUAUAUUUGUGAUAUUAAAUCUAGUUAUAGGUGGCAAUGUAAACAAAUUCAAUGCUGUUUUACAAAAGAUCCGUCGGAUGAAAUACAAUAGAUGAGGGACAACGAGAGCUUCACGUUUCAGAUCUGAAGCCGGCUGGAGAAGCUGAUUUGCACUGGCCACUAACCAAAAUAAUGUGAUGUCACUUUAUUUCAAUCAAGGGGCUUUUUCCGACCGCACCGCUGAAUUCAGGACAAUGAAUCGAGCCCAGCGAAAGAGAGCACUCCGUCAGUCUGGGCAUACAUACUGUAGCCCUGGGGAGACAUCCGAGUUAGACCGCCUGUGUGAACCGGGCAGCGUGACGCUCCUGGGGCUCAAAGCCAUGUUAACCUCGCUACAGACGACGUUCAGUUGUAGGAAACACUCGAAGCAACAAGACAUUCAGUAUAUUCACGUCUGUAGUCGGGAGGUAGAUAGGAAUGUACUUAAUAACCUAUGAAAUGGCUUGUACUGUUAACGCACUAAAGUUUCGGUGGGACAACUUUUUUUUUUUUUUUUUGUCUGGAAGAAUACCGUCUCUUGAAGGAAUACAUUUUUGCACUUUUAAUACGAUUUCUGACUUUCCUAUUGGCAUGUUGUUUUCUGUUCAAACCUGGCACGGUCACAAAAAAUGAUUUGAAUGUAAAAUCGAAUAACGAAAACAAGCAAAGAGGCAAUUAGCGUUGUAGCCCUGUGUGCCUGUGUACGCCUGUUGCCUCUGCGACGACUGUGACAGAGAUUAAAUUAAUUAGAAUUUAAUCAUUGGAAAGGUAUUGAAAGAAAAGUUCCAUGUUACACUCAGUUAUUGAAUGGUGUACAAAUUCACCUCAGCAUGAAAGUCGGAAAAAAAAAAAAAAUCAACCUCAGCGACAGAAGAGCAUCGGUUUGAAUCUCCAUCUCCUGUUUAAAGGGACGGAGACGUGCUGACCGUUGAGCAACAGACUCUGGAUCGAAGGACAGAAAAAAAACUGAAUGUGUUUGAAAAUGUUGCAUCAUGUAUGUUUGAUACCAUUUUGUAUUAUUGAUAUGAUUCUUGCAAAGUGUUUUUUAAACAACUGAAUAAUUUAUUACUGUCUGUUACCUCAGCAUGUCCCAGACCUGGACAAAAAGCUAACAAC